AUGAUGCUCAAGCAUUUAUCGCUUGCAUUGCUGCUUACUAUGAACACAGUGUAUGCUGGUCAAAUUGUGCGACGAAAUGCUGCAUAUUGCGCUUAUCUAUCUAAACGGAUUAUGUGCUUUGGAGGGAGCCCUAACAAUAAAGGCUACGACACUUCGGUCAACUAUUUGGAUAUCAGUCAAACUGAUAGCACAAAUGUUACUAAUCUAGAAAAUAAGUGGGAUAUCCAAGUCUUGCCAAUUGGAGAGACUAGCAUCAUAAGAGAAGCACGCUACGACAGUCAAUAUACGGCAUUGGCAGAUGGUUUUAAGAUGCUAAUUCAAGGCGGUUCCAAUGAGCUACCUAAUAAACUUCAAAGGCAAACGGUACUCUAUGAUACAGUUAAUAAUGAAUGGUCUUCGCUCGAAGAUUAUACUGAACCUAGAAAUGGAGGUGUUAGACAAAUUUUUUCUGGUACAGCGGCGUACAUCUCCUUGACCAGCGAGAUUGCAUUUUAUGGAGGAAGAGAAACACGGGUACCAGCAAACUACACCUAUGUCAAGCUCGACAAUACUACUUUUCCAAAGGGCUACACAUACGAUGCUACAUUGCCCUACAAAAACACAUCUUAUGAGAGUUACGUAGGGUUCUACUAUUUAACAAUCUACAGUGUCAACUCUAAUGCUUGGAGAGUGCCUCCAGUGCAGCCGUACAAUAUUUUGCCAAUGCAAAUGACAGCUACUUAUCACGAACCAACCCAAACUAUCUACUAUUUGGGAGGCAAAAGAUACGAUCCUGUGGUGCGCACUGAUGUGGCCAUACCGUUGACAUGGAGUCUUACAUUUCAAAUGAAAACUCUAACUUGGGAUAACAUAACUUUAACGGGUGUGCAAAUACCUACACCCAGAGUCUUACAUUCAGCUACUUUAUUAACUGGCACAGCUAAUACUAUCUUGAUGUACGGAGGAUCACCGCUCAGCGAAGAUGACGAUCCUGUUCAAGAUUAUUGCUAUACGCUUGACAUUGGCGAUUGCGUAUGGACAGCGCAUUCACUCAAUGCAAUCAGCCCAAACAUCGGACCCAGGUAUUAUCAUAAUGCUGUGCUUGUCAAUGAUACAGCCUUGUUUAUCUUGCUUGGUAAAACAGCAGCCAACGAUACAACAAAUAACGUAUCUGUUCUGGAUGUUCGCAAUGUAUCAGCUAUACAGUUUUCAGAUCAGUUUCCGCUGGAAGAAGGAUCUUCCGCAAUGGCAACAAAAAAUGAUGUUAAACAAGGCGAUUCAGCACGGUUAUCUUCAGGAGCAAUAGCAGGCAUUACUGUUGGCGCAAUAGCUGUGGUUAUUGCUUUAAUUAUCGCCAUUCUGCUUUACAAAAGAAAGAAGCAGGCAGCAAAAGACCAGCAUGAAACGCUUGAUGUUGACUGGGAUCAGAUCGAGCAUCAGUUUCAUGAAAUGCCUCCCACGAAAAGAGAGUUCAUGACAAGCCCUACAUCUACAUUGGUAGCCACUAUUACCCAAGUGCCACAUGCUGUUCAAUCUCAAGAGACCAGCAACAAUAACAUACUAUCAAUCUUUCAUGAGAGGCCCAUAUCGCAAACAGGCGCAGUGAAACCAGAUGGAGGAAGAGAAGAUAAGAGUCAGUUACCUUGA